AACCUCUCGCUCGCCGCAGCGGUCCUCGAGGAAGCUGUGCAUGGAGUGCAUGAGUCAUCUUACGUGAUUGUGAUGGCGCACUCACCUGUUUUGCUCGACGUGCAGCUGCAGGUCGAUCGCUGACCAUACCUAUUGCAGCUGCAAGACUCCGUGUGUUCAAAUGAACUGUACCGACAUGGCUGGUGCGUGUGCUAUCUCCGCGGUCAGUACGCGGACACCCCAGCAGUACCGACGCACGUGUCGCUGUACGUCUGUCGCUCUGCGCUGCUUCCUCAACUUCGCCGGGCUCGUGGUCGGAGGUGGCUUCGCGGCCGGCGCCUCCCUUCGCGUGCGCGAGCGGCCGUGGUUGGUUAUCGUGAGGAAGUUGAACUGUAUGCUGAUCUGCAGCUUGAUGGGGAUGAGCAUCGUGCCGGGAAGCGGGGAUGUAGAGCGACCAGGGUCCGCUCGCAGCAAACACCGAGCGCCCUCCGAACGUUAUACUGUGCGAUCCUGCACAGGCACAUCUCUCUGUCAGAGGUCGCCGAGCCCCUGUUCUCUCGCGCUCCUGUCUGGAACAAGGCAGGUAUGUAUAGCCCAGCCAGUUCAGGCUGGGUCCCGUGCGCAGAGCCAGAGACAAUAGCCGCCGGACGAUAGCGUCCACCAAGACACCAUGGCAUUCUCCGAGGCUCUAAGUCCUAAAGCUUAAAGGCGCAAGGUCAUCACUCGCGUCCGCAUACCAGUUGAGCAAUCGGAGAUGUUAUUGAUAUCGAACGCAGCUCGCGAGCAGUGA